GGGGAAGAAGCAAACGACGUACACCACUCACCUCACAGCUCUCACAGCGCCUUGGCAUGGUUAGAAAGCUCAACCAAGUGUCCGACCGAUCACACAACCGUUCCUCGGUGCAAUCAUCAUCGUCAUCUUUCUCGUUUGUCGAACAGCGAAACAGUGGUUACAAAAUUGAAGUGCUCUAGGAGGCAGACAGUGCUCUAACCAUAUUACCCGGACCCAGCCAGUGCGUAAUGUGGACCAGAUCGUUUUAUGUGUGGUUUGCAUCGAUGACAACGCUAUUGCUCACGACCGAGAUCGCAACAACAAACGCGCUGCUGAAACGAUGCUACCAGUGUCGAUCGCGAAGCGAGCUCGGCAGCUGCAAAGAUCCGUUCGUGUGGAAUGCGACGCAAGUGGAGAGUGAACGUGGCGUGUCGGCCGUACCUUGCGCCUCUGGCUGGUGCGGUAAGGUGAUCGAGGGGAUGGGCUCGUUCCGUGAGGAUGAUUACGAUAUGGCUACCCAGCGGAUGUGCGUUCAGCGUGGACCGUCCGAUUCCGAGGAUCGGUGCGCGUAUACCGUCUACAACCACAAGAAGGUGUACAUGUGCUUCUGCCAGGGUGAUCUCUGCAACGGUGCCGGCGCACUGAGAUCCCGCUGGGUUAGCGUUUGCAGCAGUAGUAGCGCGAUGCUACUGUCGCUCAUCUCGCUGAGGUACUAUUUAUGCUAGAUUUCAACGUUCGCCCGGGUUGGGACAUCGGACAGGCUUGGCCGUUUAAAACAUUCCGCCCAUAUGUGCAUAGAAAACGCAACGAUACUCCCCUACUAUUAUAAUACUCUUACCCCUUAUACGUUGGGGGUGUGCUGAAGAGGUUGGCAGAACUGGUAUACCAUAUCCCAAAAAAAAAAAUCGUGACUAAAUUAUAUUCAGUAGAGAAUGUGUCUUUUUGUACUUCGGAUCAAUUUAAACAAUGUUUCUGACGCUAGCGAAGUAAGAUAUUGAUAAAUAAACUACACAUUACUGUGGUCUGUACAAUA